GCCACGGAGACUUUUCAGUUGCUUGAGACAUCGCAUCGCGCCGGCACGCGACCUCGUUGGUAGACAUAACCGCUGUGGCGUGGAGGCUCCUGAUCGCCAAGCAACUGGUUUGGGAACAGUUCCGAUCUCGUUCACACCCUUCAACACGAGGAUGCCACUUUCACCCGAAGUGACGUCCACCACGAUGCGGCACGCAACCCACUCGCUGCGCAAGGAGCAAGCACAAUCGACCGAAUCGUCAAUCUGCAUCGAUCUAAAGCCGCCAACGCUCGGCGGAGUGGAGGGCCUGGUAAACAAUCAGGCAAUCCGAAGAAUUGAAGAAUUACCUCCGUCCAAAGCCCCACGACGAUGCACAAUGAGCCGCCUAAUCCCUGCCAUACCUCUCCAGCCAAUCUUUCCAAAACACCCCUCGAGGGUGUGUCUAGCACCGACUGCAGCGCUGCUGUUUACCCCUCCCACCCAGGGAGCCGCGCCUUACCCCUUCCUCUCGGACCUGCAUCUGCUGGGCCCACAGGCGUGUGGGAGUGUGGCACAGUUUGGGUGGGCUUUCAACGACGCAUGUCUUGCAGAAGAUAGUCAAGCUACUGCAGUCUGCAUUUGUUGAUGGGCGUGUCAAAGCAGGAAGAGCGGGAUGACAGUGGAGCAAGACCGGGUUUCUCUCAUCACCAAUCUGCCUCAGAGAGUUGAGCGACGUCGAAGUCGACAUCGAAGCCGUCAACUCGACGAUCAUUCUCCCAA